AUGCAACCACCUCCACCGCCUUCCUCGUCAAGCAUUGUACCUGUUCAACCAAGUUCAUCCAGGUUAGCUCCUUCGGAUCAAGAGCUCUCUUCCGCCAUGACAAAAUUAAAAAAACCAUCCGCGCAGCACAUUGUUGGGUUUGAGGAGCGCUAUCAACAAGCUUUGAGAAUGCAACAAAACGAAGAUGAACACUCAGCUCACUUCAAUAGAAGAUUCUUUUUUGAUGUGGAAUCUCGUGAAUGGACUCGAUUUAAUAUGUCCCAUUACCCCAAGAUGAUGAAAGAGAUGAAGUCUUUUCCUGAUCAAUUAAAGAUCGUAUCACUCAAUGUGUGGUUCGCGAAUAUUCUUCAAAACAAACGAUAUGAAGCUCAAUUAGACUUUUUUGAACAGGUAAAUCCCGAUAUCAUUUGUCUGCAAGAAAUGAUUCCAAAUUAUAUUGAAAACAACCUUCUCAAGAGAGACUUUGUUCGAAAUAAUUAUAUCAUUUCCGAUAUUGAUGGAACAUCUGUGGAUCCGUAUGGAGUCAUGGUGUUAGUGAAGAGAUCGUUGCCCAUUCUUGAUAUACGCAUUACAUCCUUGACCACAAGAAUGGGAAGGAAAUUCAUUCACGUGGCCUUUGCUAAAGAGCCUAUUACUGAUAUUACCUUAAUGGAGAAGUACUUUGCUUCUGCUUCCAAAGGUGCCUACAUCUCUCAAUUAGAGACCAUGAUUCCAUGCUUUGCAGUUAUAGGAACAGUACAUUUGGAAUCGUUAGCAUCCAAAUCAUCGAGAAAAACUCAACUGGAACAAAUUCAUCCAGUAUUGGAACACUACUCAUCGUCCUCUUUAAGAAUGUUAAUGGGAGAUUUUAAUUUUGACAGUGAAUCGAAAGAAAAUGAAAACUUAACAAGUGGAAUAUUUAAGGAUUACACCGAUGUUUGGUAUUCAUUGUACCCUCAACACGUUAUUGAAGGAAAAACGUUUCCAUACGGGCCCCACAGAAAAGGAGAUCGUUUAGAUCGAAUGAUGAUCAAAUCUACCAUAUUUUUACCACAGAAGAUGGAGGUUUUUGGAAAACAACCUCUCCCAUUGUCGAGUGAAGAACAAACCAUGUUGAGAGAAAAAUUCCACAUGGAAAAGGUUUGCUUGAGUGAUCAUUAUGGCAUUUACUGCGAACUUCAACAUUGUUAA